AAUUACAGGUGGUGAAUUAUUUGAACGAAUUAUUGAUGAAUCAUUUAAUUUAAAUGAAUCCAGAUGUAUUAAAUUUAUGCAUGAAAUUCUUCAAGGUGUUGAAUAUAUGCAUUCACAAAAUGUUAUACAUCUUGAUUUAAAGCCUGAAAAUAUUUUGUGUUUAUCAGCGACCAGUUUUAAAACAAAAAUUAUUGAUUUUGGAUUAGCUCGAUUUUAUCAAGAUCAAAAUUUAUGUGUCCUAUUUGGUACACCGGAAUUUGUUUCACCUGAAGUGCUGUCAUAUGAGCCAGUUUCACCGGCAGCUGAUAUGUGGUCACUUGGUGUAAUAUGUUAUGUUAUGCUUUCUGGAUUAUCACCAUUUAUGGGUGAAAGUCAAGGUGAAACACUGGCUAAUAUAAUAAGAGUGAAAUAUAAUUUUGAUUAUGCAGAAUUUGCGGAAAUUUCAAAUGAUGCAAUGGAUUUUAUUCGUAAACUUUUAAUCAAAGAUCCAAAGUAA